AGGUGCACCACACCUUGAUGUUCAAGCCGGACCAGCCCACACGAAACCAAAGCCCAUUUAUGAACUUCUCCUUUUUGAUUUCGGUCACUUUCAUGCUUUUGUUUCAGUGUGAGACACAAUCCUGUUUACUUUGUGUCCAGGGAGGAUUGCAUUGAAACUGAAAUAAUUUGUGUUUGUUAGAAAAGGGUGUUGGGUGUUUGAAAACAUGUUGAAGCAUGUGCUUGGCAAGGUGUGUAACAGAGGGGUUGAUGCGUAUGGAGGAGACAAAUUUAGGCCUUACUUGUACGUUCUCACAAGCGAUGUUCAUAUUGGACAGGUUCAUUGUGCUCCAAGAAGCUUUUUUGGGGUAGAGGAUUUCCUAGAUGAUGAUAAUAGCCGGCCAUACACUUACCAAAAGGAGAAGAAGUCAAAAAAUCCAAACAAGCAUGUAUCAUUCAAACAACGCACUGUAGCAUACAUGGAGCCAUUUACACUUGAUGUGUUCAUCUCAAAACGCUUUGUGUCAGCCUCACUUACCCACAGGGUGACAAGCAAGCAGGUUGCAGUUGCCGGUACCAACUCUAAGGACAUUAAAGCUGCACUCAAGUCCCGAUCAGAUAUACCUGCAUGCUUGGCCAUUGGUCGGAUAUUAGCUGACAGGGCAAGAGAGGCUGAUGUCUACACUGCUUCCUAUACUCCGAGGGAUAGGGACAAGUUUGAAGGGAAGAUUAGAGCGGUGGUUCAAUCCCUUAUUGAUAAUGGGAUUGAUGUAAAAGUAUAUCUUGACUGAUUUCAGUGGUUUUUGUAUGUUAAAUAACUUUCAUAUGGAUCCUUGGAAAAAUGGUGUAUGUAAUUCUAGUUUAUGAGUUAUGAAGGCAUUAUUUCUUAUUCUGCGAA